AUGGUCUUGACAGUGCAAGCGCCACCUGCAGGAUCAAUACACAUCGCAGACACUGAUGAUCCCGAAGUGGUCCUGGCCACCCUGUCUACCGACGAUCCUGAAUCGUCACGUUGCAGAACCCGAAGCCUGAUCGAUGGGACACGAAGUUCGACAGAGCGGCCAAACACAGAUUCGGGCUAUGGGUCAACUACCAGUUCACCAGAACCGAACCAAGAGAGCACGAGCACAUCAUUCUUCAAGGAUAAAGCAAAGCAUUUCAAAACGCGAGUAUUUCCAAGAGAGAAGAAAGUUCUGAAGCAAUAUAAUAGAGGUUUAACCCCCAUUGAGGAUGUCCGGUACGCCGAUCUGCAAAUCUUGUUCGCCCAUGCUUUACCAGAGUGGCUCUCAAAUCAGAAGAAGACGCCUUCCACAAUUGAGAUGAGGGUUGCUGUGAUGGGUCAGACUGAGGCUUCUACAGCGCUCUUCAUUCUUGUAGCUUGUCAGAAGCCAAUAGUCAAAACUGUAAGACAGUUCUUCGCGCAAAAAGCGAUCAAGGAUGAGCUUGAACCGUUGAACAAAGUAUGGCCGAAAUUCGAGGUCAUCGUCCGGCAACAAUUAGCCCUGUUUUCCGCCAAUGAAGCGAUUUCUGUCUGGAUGGAGCGCACUCCUAGUUGCCACGGAAAUCACAUCAUCAUGAAAACAAAGAAAGGGCCGAAAGUCUCAACUUUUGGAGGCGUCUUGUGGUUGAGGGAUGCCAAGGGUAGUGUCAAAGACCACGGACUGACUGUUGGCCAUGUUCUCUGCGAGCAGGAAGAUGCUUUGGAAGCACGCAUUGCUGAGUAUGGUACCAUACGAGAUGAAGAUCGCGUGGAAAUAACGGUCGAGUGCAAAGAUCAAGUCACAGAUUCCACGGACUUCGUUGACUUAAACCAUUCCAUUUCAUUCGCGUAUGAUGAGGAUGAUGUUGACGACGACGACGACGACGAUUACGAAAUUCCAAGUUGGGAGAUUCUAGGUAAGACACGAACCAAAAACUUGGAGCAAGACUCGCAGACCCCAUUUCCAAUCCAUAUUGGCAACGUUGGUGCGAGCUCAUUCACAAACUCGGCCCGUACCAAAGUUGGUAGAAGAUACUGGGCUCUGAUGGAUCUCACUCCGGAAUACUACUGGGACGUUAUCUCUUACCGAUCAAGAUUAAUCACGAAUGGUCUAAUGCAUCGCUUGCUGACCCAGGUUGCCAGUGAUGAUAAAAUCUCGACAGCGCAGUCGAAGGAUGUUAUUGUGGCCCGAACAGGACUGAUGGAUACUCAUGGUUAUCUGAAAAAACAGAGGAGCGCUAUCAUAUUCGGAUCUGACACUGUUUUUACCGAUUUGUACACGCUCACAGGCUCGGUAGCUCAUGCUUUAGGAGAGGGCGAUAGUGGUGCUUGGGUGUACGACAGUAAGUCCUAUGAGGUUUACGGCCACGUAAUCGGCAAGGGUCUUUUCGGAGAUGUCUUGGUUAUGCGUAUGCCUGCAAUCGUAAGAGAUAUCGAACAGACAAUGGACGCGUCUCUGGUCUAG